AUGGUCAUGAGUUGGACAAACCAAUCCACUGUCUCCGAGUUUCUCCUCCUGGGCCUCUCCAGGCAGCCCGAGCAGCAGCAGAUCAUCUUCGUGCUCUUCCUGAGCAUGUACCUGGCCACGGUCCUGGGCAACCUGCUCAUCAUCCUGGCCAUCAGCACAGACUCCCGCCUGCACAGCCCCAUGUACUUCUUCCUCAGCAACCUGUCCUUUGUGGACCUCUGCUUCUCCUCCACCAUAGUCCCCAAUAUGCUGACCAAUCACAUACUCAGCCGUCAGACCAUCUCCGUCCCUGGGUGUCUCACACAGAUGUAUUUUUUCAUUGUGUUUCUUAGCAUGGACAAUUUCCUACUGACUGUGAUGGCCUAUGAUCGCUUUGUAGCCAUAUGCCACCCUUUACACUACACAACAAAAAUGACCCAUCAGCUCUGUGCACUGAUGCUUAUUGGGUCUUGGUGCAUUGCCAAUAUGAAUGCUCUGUUGCACACUCUGUUGAUGGCUCGACUCUCAUUCUGUGCAGACAACAGGCUCCCCCACUUCUUCUGUGAUGUGGCUCCUCUCCUGAAACUCUCCUGUUCUGACACACACAUCAGUGAGAUGAUGAUUCUCACGGAAGGGGGUCUGAUGACGAUCACUCCAUUGAUUUGCAUUCUAGUUUCCUACUUUUGUAUCACCUGCGCAGUUCUGAAAAUUCCAUCGGUGAAAGGAAAGUGGAAAGCCUUCUCCACCUGUGGUUCCCACCUGGCUGCAGUGUCCCUCUUCCAUGGUACCAUCAUUGCCGUGUAUUUCAGCCCAUCAUCCUCCCACUCAGCUGAGAAUGACAUUGCAGCUGCUGUGAUGUACACGGUGGUGACCCCCAUGCUGAACCCUUUCAUCUACAGCCUCAGGAACAAGGAUAUGAAAGGGGCCCUAACAAAAGUAGUUUAUAUUAUUGUUUUUUCGUUUCAACAACGAAUGGGUUCUAAAUGUCAUAAAGGCAUGUCAUAA